AUGCUCAAGUGGGCUGUCAACCAGCCGCGAAACUCGUAUUUGUCCCUGGGCAUGGGAACGGACAUGGAAACAGGCUCCUCGCUGGAGUCCAAGGCUGUGACCACCACUUCCACAACCAGCUACAGCGAGUUCCAUGCCCUGCGGGGCAAGCUCAAGCGGAAGUCACUCUGUGUGGGCCAGGGAAAGGAGAACCAACUGACCUCCACACCGCUGCCGGCCAGCUCUCUGGCACCCCGAACGCCACUCCUCAAGGAUCUAAGCAACAUCCUGGCCACACCACCCUCAGGAAAAGGAAUGGGAGCGGGAGUAGCAACAGGAUUACAAGGAGGAGCAGUUGCUCCUCCCAAAUACGCCUGCACUUUGCCCACCUUUGAGGCGGAGUACUCCCCUACGGCAGCUGUAAUCCCUGGUCCCCUGAUCGCCCUACGGGGAAUGGGUGUUCCGGAUAGUUACUUUGAGAAGCCACGCUACCUGGAGCAAAAGCCACUACCACAUCCUGCUGCUCCACAUCCCACUUCCCAGCAGGAGCAGCAGCAGCAGCAGAAGGAAGGGAGCACCACACUUAGUUCCAGCCAGAUGGGCGAUGUGACCCUGGAGCGGAUGAUCGAUGCCAUUCUGGAGAGCAAUCGCAAGGCACCUUCGUCCAAGGCAAGGCCACUGCGACAGCGCCAGUCGAGGCAGCAUCUCCGCCAGCAGCAGAUGCGGCACAGGCAGCAGCUCCUGAGAGUCACCUCAAGCUCUGGACUCCCCUCUGGAACCCACUCGCCCACCUAUCGUCCUGCCUUUGAUCCGGCCAGCGAUCUGUGCGAGUACUGGAAGUCGCCCUCGCGAAGGGAUUCCCUGCCAGCCGAUGGCUUCGAGGAGCGGGAGGUGCGUUCGCCCCAGGUCACCAGUACCUCCGUUGCCUCCCAGACCAAGUCCAAGUCUAAGUCCAAGUCGCUUCAGUUGCAGCUGCGAAGGCAGCGAGUGGUGCGCCGGAAGCGAAAGAUUGCCACCAAAAUCUCGUCCAGCGUGAGGCAAUCGGCGCAGAAGCUACUGGCUGCGGCCAGGGCUGGUACCGGAACUGGGACAGGUGUGCCCAGUCACCGGAGUUCGCAGAAGAGGCGCCACAUUAGUCCGGACAGUGGACAUAACUCCACCAGUGACUAUGAGGAGGAGCUGACCGCCCUUGGAAGCUGUGCUCCUGGUUUGGUCGAAGCGGGCACCAAGCGGCGGUUGAGCUUCUCCUUUCCCGAGGAUUUGUUUGUGGAGAAGUAG